UCAACCGCAGAGAAACAGGAAGAGUAACUGCCGGCUUGCUGUUAUAUAAGAGUCUCUCCAGCGUCUAUCGGAGGCAGAGGAGGGAAGUUUCUGAAGCGCACAGCAGCCUGAACUUGCAGCCCUUCAGCACAAUGGAAAACUGCACGGCAACCACCAGUGAGAGCACUAUGGAAUCUUUGGCAAACAGCCUACAGCAAUUAAAAUGCCAUUUCACCUGGAACUUGAUGGAGGGAGAAGAGUCCUUGGAUGAGUUCGAGAACAGAGUGUUCAACAAGUGCGAGUUUCAGAACAAUGAAUUUAAAGCCACAAUGUACAACCUAUCGGCCUACAUAAAGCAUCACAGAGGCCAACAUGCAGCAGCCCUGGAAUUCUUGGGGAAAGCUGAAGAGUCAAUCCAGGAAAAGUAUCAAGACCAAGCAGAGAUCAGAAGUCUGGUCACCUGGGGAAACUAUGCCUGGGUCUACUAUCACAUGGGCCAAUUCGAACUGGCUGAGAGCUACGUGAACAAGGUGAAACACAUCUGUGCAAAGUUUUCCAGCCCCUACAGAAUUGAGAGUCCUGAGCUUGAGUGUGAGGAAGGAUGGGCUCGGUUAAAGUGCACAAAAAAUCAAAAUGAAGGAGCAAAGAUGUGUUUCCAGAAGGCUUUGGAAAAGAACCCAAAGAGCCCAGAAGCCACCUUUGGAUGGGCCAUUGCGAGCUACCGUUUGGAUAACAGGCCACCAUCUCAGAACUCCAUUGAGACCCUGAAGAAAACCAUGGAGCUGAAUCCACACAAUCAGUAUGUUAAAGUCCUCUUGGCUCUAAAACUUCAAGAGGUGAAUGAAAAGGAUGAAGGAGAGAGCUUAGUUGAAGAAGCCUUAAAGGAAGCUCCAGAUGCAAUGGAUGUAUUGUGCACUGCAGCGAAGUUUUAUAGAAAAAAACCUGACCUAGAUAAGUCUAUAGAACUGCUAAAAAGGGCCUUAAAACACACGCAAGACAAUGCCUACUUGCAUUUCUACAUUGGGUGCUGCUAUAGGUCAAAAGUCCUUGAAACAGGGAACAGAAGACAGAAUGAAAAUGUCUGGGGAAGAGAGGAGUUACAGAAACUAGUAAGACAAGGGGUGGAUCACUUAAAGAAAGUUGAGAAAAAUGAAAAUUUCCAGCAUAUCUGUAGCUAUAUUGCUGCUCUCUAUGCAAUAGCAGGUCAAUAUGAAGAAGCAGACCACUACUUCCAAAAAGAAUUCAGGAAGGAGCUUACUCCUGUGGGUAGACAAUUGCUCCACCUGAGGUACGGCAAUUUCCAAUUGUAUCAAAGGAAAUGCAAGGAAAAGGCCAUCCACCAUUACCUAGAGGGUCUGAAAAUAAACGAGGAAUCAAAGGAGAAAGAAAAGAUCAAAAUCAAACUGCAAAAGAUUGUCCAAAUGACUUUUCUAAAAAAUGAAGCCGAUUCCGAAGCUUUGCAGAUCUUGGCAUUGCUUCAGGAGUUGAAUGGAGAAAUGCAAAGAGCAGAUGAAGACUCUGGGAGGGAGAUGGACUCAAAGCUUCAUCCCUUCAGACAGAGAAUGAGAUACAGGGACUCGGUGCCCAUAGAGCUUCAGCUGGCACAGGGCUGAAAGCCCUCCACCACAUUGUUAUUCAAAAUAGUUAAAUGACUGGUGUGGCACAGCAUGGACUAAGACACUGGCCAUAGACCUGGAUUGGAGUUAUGGGAGAACUCUGCUGUGCCAUCCACAGCUCAACUCCAUAUUCAUUCUCUCCGUGUCUCUCUCCCUCUCCCUCUCCCCUGCCCCCGACUCUCUCUGCCUUCUUCCUCUUGUUCCCUAGGCAAUACUCAAUGUCAAGUGUCCAUGCAGCAUGAAUUCCAUUUUCCUGUUAACCAUGGUAGAAAUGUUGUUUGAAAAAAAGUGAGAGUAAAGACCAAGUCAAAUCCAGAAGGGGCCUGUCUAGGAGACCAUCAAGCAGCCACAGUUCAAGACUUUCAGGAUGCCCGUGGGAAGAUUCUGCCUCCCAUCUGCCCUCCCUAAAAUUGUAAUACAGCAUGUAAAUAAGAAAAAGGAAUUCUGUACCAAAUGUGUCAUUUAGAAACUGAAAUAUACAGUUCUUUAAGACCUCUGUGGAAAAGCAAAUGUCUCACACAGGAUAAGCAAAAGAGAGAGAAGGGAGUGCUGGUUUCUCUUUGUAGAUUGUAAUCACUGAAAGAAAUAUUUACUAUUGAAACCACUGUUAGGAAAAUUUCUUUGUAAUUGCUUUCUUCAAAAAUGCCUUGCUGAACUCAGGUUUGAGAUGAUAGGAGAGCAGCUGAAUAGAAGAAUAACUUAGUGACUAAAGGCCUAGUGGAAAGUCUUAAGGAAUUAACAUUGACAAUGAAUGGUGGGAUUUUUUUUUUUCCUUUAAGAAAUAUUGCAUAUUAGGUGAUAUAAACACUUCUUUUAACUCUGAAAAUCUUCAUAAAUUUAAGUUUCUAUUAGAAUUUGUGAUUAAACAAUUAAAACGGUAUGUAAAAUUCAACAUUUUUUUAAAUUAAAAAUUUCAACUACUGGAACAAUAGUUCAUGUGUUGAAAAUAUAUAUAUUUGAGAUCAUCAGUGUACACAGUUAAAAUUUCUGAAAAAAAGUCAUAGGUUUUAUUAACAAAUAAAUUUGAGAUUAGUGUUCUGGUUUAUCUGAAAUUUGGUUGUAUCUUAUGUCUUUUUAUACUUAACUUCUGAUAAGUAAAAUAUUGUGCUGAGUAUGAACUGGCCCCAAAUAAGCUACACUAGUCUGAUAUCAUAAUCACAAAUAGAACAGCCUUAGGAGACGAGGGCUUCUAUUUAUACCCAUCACCUACCACAUGCACACAUGUGCACACAAACACCCUGCCCUCCACAUUGACAGGGUGUGGGGUGCUGUCCGUUUCUCUGUUCAAUCUUGUGCUUUUUGUCAUAUUCUCUCUUCCAACCUCUAUUAUGAGAGAUGAGGAAGUGUCACUAAUUCUGUUUAGUCCUGGAGGCAAUCCAAAUAUGUGUUGGAGUUUUCCUUAUUAUGUAAAUAAUAGAAAGAGACAUGAAGCCCAAAAGUUUCUCUUCCUUUUCAAAAGCUCUCUAGUGGAAAGUGCAAGCCAUAGAGGCACAAUGAUAAACUCACUCCAUCAGACAAGGGGAAGUUUCAGCUCAUUUUACCUAAGUAACUGAUUAUUUUGUCUGGUCCCCAGGGAAGAAAACCAGGCGUGUUCUUGAUGAAAGGCAAGACAGAAGACCAUUAAAACCUGUGUGUGCUAAGGAAAGUUUAUCAGGCAUGUGUAAUCUUCUUAUUGCAUGUCACAUCCCCAAGCCCUUGCUGAAACAGGACCCUGAGAGGGUAAAUGGGGGAAAGGGUAGAGUAAAAAAAUAAAUAAAUAAAAUAAAGGUAUUAUGUCCAACUACAACUAAAAAUUAAAUACUAAAAAAAAGAAUAAGCAUUAUUAAUGUAAAAUGUGCCACCUCUUUGGAAAACCAUUGCAAUCCUCAGGUUGUUCACCAAAUCCAUUCCCAGAUACACACCUAGGAGAAGUGAAAGUUUCCUAGAGGAAACUUGUAUUGAACAUGAAUAUUCAUGACAGUCAAAAAAUUGAACCCAUCAACUAGCAUAUGGCUAUCUUAAAUGUGGUAUAUCCAUACAAUCAAAUUUUGGGGGCAACUAAAACAAGUUAAAUACUUACUGAUACAUGCUAAUAAAGCAUACAUGAACCUUAAAAUCCUUAUUUUUAGUGAAAGAAGUCAGACACACAAAGUAUUAUAUGAUUUUGUUUGUCUAAAGUUGGCAAAAAUAGAUUAGUAGGUGCCUAAGGCUGGGUGUGGGGAAGAUUUAGGAUGAUAGCUAAAGGGUACAGGGUUUCAUUUGGGGAUAAUGAAAAAUCUUCUAGAAUUGUAGAAUUGUAUAUUUUAAAUGAAUGAAUUCUAUGGUGUGUGAAUUAUACUUCAACACAGCUGUGUUGAAGAAAUGAUUGCUCGUUUCAAGUGUAUAAAAUAAGAAAACUUUCUUUUGUCA